AAAAGUGACAGAAAAGAGAAGAGGAAUAAAAAACAAGUAUAAAUUGCAGUGGGACACCAACAAAAAUGUCAGCAACAGAUGGGCUGUGUUGCUGUGAAUAUGAUAACUUGGAUGGAGAGAGAAGUCACAUACUGGCCUGUUGUUGUGAUUGUGAUGCUCUGGAUCAGAUAGCUGACAGAUGUUUUAAAUGUGAGAAAAUACCAGAUGGAAUGGUUCAAAGGUUCUUUAAUACAUUGAAUGACAGAUGUCGUUUUCCAGGAAUUUGUGGAAAAGGGGCUGUACGAAUGAACCUGGACAUUGUUGCACCGUGCUGUCUUGUUGUUGCCAGUAUAUAUAUAUCAACCUAUGGACCAUAUACAACAUUCUUCAUGUUGACUUUAAUGCCAGUGUUUAUGUUAAGUUUUUAUUAUUUAUGGAGAAAGAAUACUCAAAUGACUCGAACUCAGUUUUUUUACUCGUGGGGAUUGACAUCCGUUGUGUUGAUGUUUCUUGUUUUUCAUAUAUAUACCAUAUGCUUUAGAAAGACAUUAUUGUGGGAACAUAUUUUACUUUUUACAGCGUUCAGUCUUAUGAUAUUUUUCUUUAUUAAAACAAAGAAAAGUCCUAGUAUCUUACGACAUGGGAUAAAGGAUGCUACUAGGGGAAAAAGUUCAAAACAUGUGACAGUUAAUUUAGAGAACAAUACUCAUGAUAGAGUAGAUGAUAUUUUGUCACAGGAAAUAGCAGAGAAAGAUGUCACAUGGGUAGACUCAAGACCUAUUAAAGAUGGAAAGUUAAAGAUCUGGUGUGAAAAUUGUCAUUUUAAGAAACCUGCCAGAUCUGGUCAUUGUAAUAUCUGUAAUGCUUGUAUAUCAGUCCGAGAUCAUCAUUGUGUAUGGAUUGAUUGCUGUAUAGGAUCACAUAAUCAUCGUUCAUUCAUCAUGACCAUGGCAUUAUUUUUAUUUUGUGGUUUUUAUGGAUUUCACUUGACUAUGACCACAGUUUGUACACCGGAGAUGUAUCUAGGUUGGUUCCUGUUCCCCAGUGACUGUCGAUUCCUUUAUAUAGAUUUCCAGACAGCUGUAAGUUUUGUGGCUGCCUGUUACACCUUGAUGGCUUCCAUGUUAAUGUUGUGUAAUUUUAUCUACCAGAUAGUGUUGAUCAGCCAGAACACUACAUCACAAGAAUUCCAUCAGGCUUCACGAAGAGGCCUCAGGACAAAAUUUUUUACCGUGAAAAACAAUAUACAUAACAAUGGGUUCAUUAAAAAUUGGAUAGCAUUCAUAUUUACAAGACGAGAAGAUACAGGAAAUAUUCCAUGAUUUUUAACGCUUCAAGUUUAAAUCAAGUUAAAGGUCCUCAGAUAUGUCAUUAUGUUGAUUUUUUAUGCCCAACCUACAUUAGGGACGACAUAAAAAAAUCCAUGAAGGAUAAAAAACUUAAUUCAAAUAGUUUGGGGGUGGGGGUCAAACUGCUGCAAGUUUUGUUUUAAUUGACAUCGAUUUUACAUACAUCCUAAUUGGUCAAUCAAUUUUUCCCAAAUUAAGUUGAGAGGGGGGUAAGGGGGUCAGUGAAAAAACUAUAUGAAUUAAGUUUUUUAUCCUAUAUUUAACUUUUGAUGUCGUCCCUUAGAAGGGGGCAUUAUGUUUUUCCAGUCUGUUCAUCCAAUUUGUGAUUAACUGAACAUUUUUGAAAAUGUGAUAUUGUUUCAUAUUUUAUUUAUGUCAUACUCUAUUCUAUCAUUGUAGAUGGUUGUUCUACUGUUUUUAGUUUGAGAAAUCAAAAAAAGAUUAUGUUGUGAUUUUUUUA